GAUGGACUGCCACUCCUAUUACUCAAAGCCAAAGGGCUCAUCUUUGCUGGUCACCUAAUGCAGUGUGCUUCGAUAAUGCAACGAGCAAGUCAAUACAUUGCUCCCAUUGCAGGAAAGGCGGAGGAUAGAGAGAAUACGUGCAGUAUGAGACCUGGCCUCCUCUGGGCUGUCACAUGCCAUGGCAAGCACGCCCCCACACCCAUUGAUGAAAUGUACAUGUCGAGUUUGUACCCCUGGCCAGUGGAUUCAGAGAGGUUUUCCUACACACCGCGUACCCUGGCGGUUAGCUGCUAUAGAACUCACUCACUGCUCCCAGUAGUCUCGGUGACAGCCAUCCCCUCCUGUACUGUCCCAUUUAAUGCCUGCUAAUUGAUAUUUUGUUAUACCUGAUCACUCUCACCUGUGAGACUCUGCUGUGGAAUUCUGUGUUUCCUAAUUCAUUCCGUGUGUAAACUAUAUUGGCAAAGCAUCUGAAAAGAUGUCUUCGUUAGCAGGAGACUUAAGCAAAGCAAUGUCGGGGGGAGGGAUGUCCCCAUUUCAAGAGGCCAUACGGCAGGAGCUGGAGGCAGCCAUGAAAGCAGAUCUGGAAAGAAUACUUUCUACAGCACCUGAGUCGGAACUGGAGCACAUUAAGAAGGAUAUUGCCGGGUUCCAGAGCCUGUUUCACAGAUUUUUGCAAGAUAAAGGCCCAUCAGUGGACUGGGGAAAGAUACAGAGACCUCCAGAGGAUUCUAUCCAGCCAUACGAGAAGAUUAAAGCAAAAGGAAUUCCAGACAACAUUGCAUCUGUUCUGAACAAGCUGGUUGUAGUAAAACUCAAUGGCGGUUUAGGUACCAGCAUGGGUUGUAAAGGUCCAAAAAGUCUAAUUGGUGUUCGCAACGAGAAUACCUUCCUUGAUCUCACCGUGAAACAGAUAGAGCACUUGAAUGUGACCUACAACACACAAGUUCCCCUGGUUCUUAUGAAUUCCUUCAACACUGAUGAAGAUACAAAAAAAAUAUUACAGAAAUACAGCCACAGUCGAGUGAAGAUUUAUACUUUUAAUCAAAGCAGAUAUCCGAGAAUUAACAAGGAGUCACUGCUUCCAAUAGCCAAGGACUUGUCAUAUUCUGUUGAGAAUGCAGAGACCUGGUACCCUCCGGGUCACGGCGACAUCUAUGCUAGUUUUUAUAACUCCGGUCUUUUGGACACACUCUUGGAAGACGGGAAGGAAUAUAUUUUUGUUUCCAACAUUGACAACCUCGGGGCCACUGUGGACCUUCACAUCCUGAACCACCUUAUGAACCCCCCGAAUGGGAAGCGCUGUGAAUUUGUCAUGGAAGUUACAGAUAAAACGAGGGCAGAUGUUAAGGGAGGUACGCUCACUCAGUGUGACGGGAAGCUGAGACUGGUGGAGAUUGCCCAGGUCCCCAAAGCACACGUUGAUGAGUUCAAAUCUGUGUCCAAAUUUAAGAUCUUUAACACAAACAACUUGUGGAUCUCUUUGUCUGCAAUCAAAAGGCUACAGGAAGCCAAUGCAAUUGACAUGGAAAUUAUUGUUAAUCCAAAGACUUUAGAUGGAGGACUAAAUGUUAUUCAGCUGGAAACCGCUGUUGGUGCUGCAAUUAAAAGUUUUGAGAAUUCUUUGGGUAUCAAUGUUCCCCGAAGCCGUUUCUUGCCUGUGAAGACCACGUCGGAUCUCCUGCUCGUUAUGUCUAACUUGUACAGUCUGAACGCUGGCUCCUUGACAAUGAGUGAGAAGAGAGAGUUCCCUACAGUUCCUCUAGUCAAAUUGGGAAGUUCUUUCACUAAGGUUCAAGACUAUCUGAGAAGGUUUGACAACAUACCAGAUAUGCUGGAGCUGGAUCACCUCACUGUGUCAGGAGAUGUGACUUUUGGGAAAAACGUGGCACUAAAGGGUACAGUGAUCAUUAUCGCCAAUCAUGGCGACAGAAUAGACAUCCCUCCCGGAGCAGUAUUGGAGAAUAAAAUAGUGUCUGGAAACCUGCGGAUCCUGGAUCACUGACCCGGUGUACAAUUUUAUGGAUUAUACGUAGUACACUUGACUGAUUCUUACGCAAACGGAUAGUGUUUAGGAAAUAUGUACUUUAAACUUUUCUUCCACCUCACCUUUCAGUAUUGUAGUUUGUCUGUGUACUGUAGAAUAUAUUUAAUAAAACCCCCUGAUCAUUUCGAAGCAAUACAUAAAAGGAAAAAUGUAGUAAUGUCCACACAUGUUAAUGUGGGAGACUACUUUAUGUGCAAUACCGUCCUUACCAGUGAAAAAAAUAAAAAGGACAAAAUACCA